AUGGCUUUUGUUGAUCAGUUCUCUGAGAUGGAUGCGUCAAUUUCCAAUGAGUGGGUUGACUUUGAUCAAUUCCUCGAUCUCCCUUCAGGCUACGACGACCAGUCGACUGCCACUACCGUCUCACCUCAGGACUUGGCUCUCCCUUACGAGGCAGAUGGGAUGUUCACUUCCCCAUCUGAUUUCAUGCAAUCCUCCUUCGACAUGACCAACUAUGAUCUCUCACAAGAAGAGUUCAUGGGCAUCGAUGGAGGUUUCAUGCAGGACCCGGCUGCUCCUUUGUUCGAUGAUGCUGCGUUCCUGGGGUACAACCCAUACGACAGCAGCAAUACAUUCCGAAACUUGGUUGAGGCACAGGCCGCCGCCGACCCGCGCGUUGCUACUAUCAAGGAGAAGCGCCGCGAGGCAGCGAUUGCGUUACACCUGCAGCGCCUUUGCGAAGCCACUGCUCUCGACUUAGAUAUGUCCUCCGACUCCAACACCAGCUUCUCAUCCCCAAGCUGGUCAGAAUACGUUCGCGGGAGCAUCUCCCCGCGCUCUACACCAGAUAACACAUCUGUCGAGGCACCCCCUCCAGGAGGCAUGGAGAUGGUUCUCGACUUGAACAUGAACACCGCAGCCAAUGUGCCUAAGAAACAGAAGCCUCGAUCGCAGGCACAAAAGGAUAACUACAUCAAGGCUCGGAAGUACGGUGUCUGUGAGAAGCACAAGAAACAGCACAAGCGAUGUAACUGCCUGGAGAAGGCUGCUGCUCGUGUCGCUGCCAGCGACGUUCCGAUGAACGCCGCACUCCAAGAACGGCCGAGGCAGCCGAUGCUCCAAGUUCCGAUCCUCCCAGAGUCGCGCUACUCAGACUCGCCCGGUCACGACCCAUCAUUCAACUCACCUCAAGCGCUUCCAACCAUCAAGGCAACAAGGAAGACAACAAGUAUCUCAUCUGGUCUCGAUCAAUCUGUGGGGCUGCCGUCAAUGGGACUGCCUGUCGCGGUACCACUCGCCAAGCAAAUCAUCAGAACAAAGACUCGAAAGAGUACACCACCGGGACACGAUAUUGUUCUAUCAUCUGGCAAGCCAGUUCUCAAGAGCACCUCGAGUCAAGACACCGUUCCACCGUCGAGCAGAAACAUCGUGAAGGGCGGGGCUGCUGGACACGACAUAGUCCUAUCUGGCAAGACCAUCGCAAACCACUCUGUCGCGGGACACGAGAGAGCGUUCACACAAGACAGGAUCCCAAAGAACGCAGGAAGUGGACAAUCCCCCGAUCCAUGCAUUUCAAGUAUGCCUCGGCCAGCUCAGGCAGCUGGGGUGUCAUCUGGCAGCUCAAGCUUGCGCUGGCGCGUAUCGACUUUGUCGGUCGGUCCUGCGUAUUCAGAAAGGACCAACAUCAAAACGACAUCCUCGGUGGAUCACCCAACUACCGGCGCUCGCCACACUCCAGGUCUUCGUGUAAACCAAACGAGUUCCACCCGCACUGUGGAAAUCCCUGUGGUGCCAGGUGCUGUUGCUGGCAACGUUGGAAUGCGCCAUUCCAUGCCCCUCGUGCACAACUCUGGAAUCCAGGUCCCUGGACCGGAUCGCGGGGGAGUUUCAGAAGGACUUGCCAAACAACUCGCAACACUCUCUGGCUUACAGUUGGUGCCAAAGGAUCUAUUGGUCUCGCCGAUUCGGCGUGGAUCGCCAGAUCUCUUUGGAAACACAUUGCCGCAUACCUUCGAGGUUCGGCAACUGCUCAUCAGCGGAGGUCUUAUUGUUCGGCCCAUUGCUGAAAGUGUCGGUGGCCUUCUUGCCAGUACUGCCUUGGCAUUUGCCGAUGCCUGGAAGUCAUCACUGUCGCUGGCAGCUGGGGUUGAGGGCAUUGUUCACAAAGCUCUCUCUCUGUUUGGUCGACACCUUAUGUCUGCGAAGAAGGGCUUACAUAUGGGCGGACUGCGGAACGCUUCGUGCCUAUGA